GCCGCCGGCAUAUGAACGUGUUCCAUGGACUUUGGUUGCUGCCUAAAGGACAACCGGAAAGUAAAGGGAUCGCGUAGAAAUCCCAAAAAGUAUGACAACGUCUCACAAUCGUCACCGCGUUACAUAAGAGUACUCCACCGAUCUCUCACCGCUGUCCGCGCAGAAUCAAACAAUGGCCACGGCGGCAACGGCAGCUCGGCACAUGGUCGCUUUGCCGUACCCGGGCCGCGGCCACAUCAACCCCAUGCUUGCCGUGUGCCGCCUGCUCGUCGCCGCGGACGGCGCCCUCACCAUCACCGUCGUCGUCACGGAGGAGUGGCACGGGCUGCUGGCCUCCGCCGGAGUGACCCCCACGCUCCCAGACCGCGUCCGCCUCGCCACCGUCCCCAACGUCAUCCCUUCCGAGCACGGCCGCGGGGCCGACCACGGCGGCUUCAUCGAGGCCGUGAACUCCAAGAUGGGGGAGCCCGUCGAGCGGCUGCUCGACCGGCUGGUGCUGGAGCUGGGGCGGAGGCCAGUUGCUAUCGUGGCCGACACGUACCUGCAGUGGGCGGUGGCGGCCGGCGCGCGGCGCCGGAUACCGGUGUGCUCGCUGUGGACCCAGCCGGCCACCUUCUUCUUGGCGCUCUGCCAUUUGGACCUGUGGCGACCUGUGGUUGAAGGUGUCAGCGAAGAAGAACUAAAUCGCAAGUCGUUGGAUUCAUAUGUCCCGGGCCUCUCAUCAGUGAGGUUAUCUGAUGUCAAGAUCUUCCUGGCCUGGGAGCGGCCAGUGAAAAUAGCAGCGCAGGUGUUCGUCAACGUACGCAAAGCGCACUGCGUCCUCUUCACCUCCUUCCACGAGCUCGAGGCCAGUUCCAUGAGCAAAAUAGCAGAGUCACUUCCCUGCCCCGUCUACCCAGUCGGCCCGUCAAUCCUGCGUGCGCCGGACAACAUGGAGAGCGCCCGUGACGGGGAGCACCGGCGCUGGCUGGAAGCGCAGCCGGAGAACUCGGUACUGUACGUCUCGUUCGGCAGCUUCGUCGCCAUGCCGCCCAAGCAGCUCGAGGAGAUCGCCGUGGGGCUGCGCGACAGCGCGGUCAGGAUCUUCUGGGUGACCCGGGACAGGGCCACCGCCGGCUUGCGGGAGAUGUGCGGCAACAUGGGGUUGGCGGUGCCGUGGUGCGACCAGCAGGAGGUGCUGCGCCACCCGUCCGUCGGCGGCUUCCUCAGCCAUUGCGGGUGGAACUCGGUGCUCGAGGCCGUGUGCGCCGGAGUGCCAGUGAUUGGCUUCCCUGUUGCGUGGGAUCAGCUGGUGAAUGCUCGGAUGAUCGCCGACGAAUGGAAGGCCGGCAUCGACCUGAGGGAGCAGAGGGGGGAGGAUGGGAUCGUGAGCAGGGCCGCGGUCUCUGAUGCCGCGAGGAAGCUGAUGGAUUUGGACAGUGCUGCCGGCCAAGAGAUGAGGAAAAGGGCGGCGCAUCUGCGCGAAGCUUCCCGUGGUGCGGUCUUGGAAGGCGGCUCGUCCCAUCGUUCUUUGAGCGGUUUCCUCAAGGAUCUUGUCGACGGAAAAUUGGAGGUCGCUCAAAGUUCUGCGUGAUAUUCUUCUUUUAUUCCAGUCAGUGACAGAAAAAUCCAAAUACCCCCUCCAUAAACUGAAACCACGUAAGAAUUACCUAUCUGUUUACGGGUUAAAAACUGAAAUGUACUUUGGUUUGUGGCGGAGUGAAGUCUGAAAUAAAUCUUGAGAAUGUACACCUUGAGGAUGUACAGCUCAAUCCAAAUAAA